CACGUCCAUUAUUAUGAAGUAUGUACUCUUCUCCAUUUUCCAAUAAUUCAACUAAAUUCAAAGUAAAAUACAACCAAUAAUAAUAAUAAUUUCCUUAAUGAAUUCUCACCCACAUACCAAAAUAAACAAUCUCAAUUUUCAACACACCCUUUCACCAAUAUAAAUACUAAACUCUCAUAAAAAAACUAGAGGGAUAAACUUUAACAAAAUUAACACAAAAUCAUGGGAGGUUUAGACUCACCACCAUACAACCCAACCUCAAAACCUUCCUCUUAUUCAUCUUCCUCAUAUUGGAAUCGAACAAUAAAAAACACAAACAAACACAACAUACUCACUUUAAUCUUCAUCUCUUUCCUAUGCUCUUUCUUCUACCUCCUCGCUGUAUGGCAGAACCGCAGUAGCGGUCCUGCCAUCACAACAACCGCUACCUGCACCGCUACCUUAAACACCACCACAAACCUGGGCCCGUUAGACUUCGUGGCCCAUCACACGGCGGACCAUGAAUCGAGCCCGGGUUCGGGCUCACACCGGGUGUACCCGCCGUGCGACGUCACGUACAGUGAGUACACCCCGUGUGAGUACAAAAGGAGGGCAGUCAAGUUUACAAGGGAUAGGCUCAUAUAUAGGGAAAGACACUGUCCAAAGAAAUGGGAGCUCUUAAAGUGUCGGGUACCCGCCCCGUACGGGUACAAAAGCCCGUUUAAGUGGCCCGUUAGUAGGGAUUAUGUAUGGUAUGAUAAUGUACCACAUAAACAUUUAACGGUCGAGAAAGCGGUUCAGAAUUGGAUCCGGUUUGAAGGGGACCGGUUUAAAUUCCCUGGGGGAGGGACCAUGUUUCCCAAUGGUGCAGACGCAUAUAUUGAUGAUAUUGGAAAGUUGAUUAAUCUUAAUGAUGGGUCUAUUAGGACUGCCAUUGAUACUGGUUGUGGGGUAGCAAGUUGGGGAGCAUACUUGUUAUCAAGGGACAUAUUGGCAAUGUCCUUCGCACCAAGGGACACUCAUGAAGCACAAGUUCAAUUUGCCUUAGAACGUGGUGUUCCUGCUUUGAUUGGUGUUAUUGCUUCAAAGAGACUACCUUAUCCAUCAAGGGCUUUUGAUAUGGCUCAUUGUUCUCGUUGCCUUAUUCCAUGGGACCAAUAUGAUGGAGUAUAUUUGACGGAAGUCGAUAGAGUACUUCGACCCGGAGGGUAUUGGAUCCUAUCGGGCCCGCCCAUCAAUUGGAAGAAGUAUUGGAAAGGGUGGGAGAGGACUAAAGAAGACUUGAAUGCAGAGCAAACUAGGAUUGAAAAUGUUGCCAAAACCCUUUGUUGGAAGAAAUUGAUAGAAAAGGGUGACAUUGCUAUUUGGCAAAAGCCAAUCAAUCACAAGAAUUGCAAACGGGCCAAGAAAGUCAAUUCCAUCCGACCCUUUUGCCCUAAUCCAGAUCCUGAUCGGGCAUGGUACACAAACUUGGAAACAUGUCACACCCCUUUACCAGAAGUCUCAAAGGAUGAGGACUUUGCAGGAGGGCAAUUAGCAAAAUGGCCAAAAAGACUAAAUGCAAUCCCGCCAAGAAUUUACCGCGGGUCAGUAAAAGGAGUUACCGCGAAAAUUUACCAAGAAGACAUAAAAUUAUGGACGAGGAGAGUUUCUUACUAUAAGACGGUGAAUAACCAGCUAGGGCAGCCGGGAAGGUACCGGAACCUUCUAGACAUGAACGCGUAUUUGGGUGGUUUUGCCGGGGCUUUGGUGGAUGAUCCGGUUUGGGUCAUGAAUGUGGUUCCGGUUGAAGCAAAGGUUAAUACUCUUGGUGUGAUUUAUGAAAGGGGGUUAAUUGGUACUUACCAAAGUUGGUGUGAAGCAAUGUCCACUUAUCCAAGGACUUACGAUCUCCUUCACGCAAAUUUGAUUUUUACACUCUAUGAGAAUAGAUGCGAGAUGGAAGAUAUAUUGUUAGAGAUGGACAGGAUACUGAGGCCGGAAGGGAGCGUAAUUUUUCGAGACGACGUAGAUAUUUUGGUAAAGAUAAAGAAGAUAACCGAUGCAUUGCAAUGGGAUAGCCAAAUUAUAGACCAUGAAGAUGGGCCUCUUGAAAGGGAGAAACUUCUAUUUGUUGUCAAAACUUAUUGGACUUCCCCUCCCAUCACUACUAAUGAACAAGACACCAAUACUUCUCCUUAAUUAGCUUCUUAUUUUUAUUAUUGCCCUAAUGAUUUUUAUUAUUGCUAUCCUGACGAUGUCUUGAAAUUAAUUUACGAAAUUAGUAGUCAUAUAAUUACUGAGUCAAUGUUAUGAUUAGGCGUUAGACACUUAGACCUAAGUAAAUCCGAUUUUGCGUAGUCACAUAUGAACAAUUCCCGUGCCUUCAAAUUUCUCCAAAAAUGGAUAUGUAUGUAUGACUAUU